CUUCCCAUCCAUUCAUUAGUCUCGUCUUUUUCACCAGCUGCCACUGCCAUGGCCAGCUACCUUAUUUCUCUUCUCUUCGUCUUCGUCUUCGUCUUCGCCUUCUGUCUUUUGUUGGUAUCAUCUGAGUAUGGUGCAGGGCCUUCUAAAAGAGUACCAGUGAGAUCGAUCCAGCCUUCCUUUAAUCCAACAAAGAAAGCAUUUUCCCUAGCAACAAGAACAACAAAUCCUUCUGAUGUAGUAGGGGUAUUUGCAUUGUGGAGCCUUUCGCCAUUGACUUUGGAGUGGCAAGAUGACCCUUGUCUUCCACCACAAUUGAGCUGGAUCGAAUGUAAUACUGAUACCAUUACACGAAUAACAGCACUGUAUCUUGGUGGGAAAAGCCUCUCUGGAUUUCUUCCUGAUAUCAGUUAUAUGGAUGACCUUGUAACAAUAGAUUUGCACCAAAAUAUGAUUUUUGGAGCUAUUCCUUCAUACCUUGGUACAUUGCCAAAGCUAAAAGAACUGUAUUUAGCAAAUAAUCUUUUCAGUGGGUCAGUACCAGAUUCAGUGGCAUGUAAUAAGAACUUGAAGUUAAGUUUAACAGGCAAUCCUUUAUCCACAACCAGCAAUAAAUGCUUAACCUCAGAUCCUGAGUCACCUGCAACAAGAACAAAUACUGAUCCUGUUACCGUUGAAUAUCCGAGCACAAAUAAGAGAAAGAAGAGCAAGAAAUUGCCUAUAAUACUUGGGAGCGGAGGUUCUGUAGUGGGUGUUUUUUGGAUAAUCGUGGGCAUUUUUGCAAUAUUUCGCCACAAAGCAAAAGCAGCGGCCGCCAUGGCUGCCGCAUCUGCACCGGGGCAUGAUGGUGCACCCAAUGAUCCGAACCUGAAACCGAACCCGAUUUUGUCGCCUUCAGAAGAGACACCUAUAAAUCCACGGGCUAGAGAUAGUCCAUAGCACAUACUAUUUCAAUUACCAGCUGGUGUGUCUUGUUUUAAUGUUCGUCAUAUGCAAGUUAUUAUGCUACGAGCACAACUCCUUGGUUUUCAUUAAGCAUUGAUUCUUGUAAACUUAUAAUUCAUUGCCAAAUGUAAAAGUUUUUCCAUUAAUUUAGAAAUUUUAGGAUAUUUGCUAUAGUUUAUAAGAAUGUUACGAUAAAAUAAUUGUCAUGUAACCAUAUUGCGAUGACCUUAACA